AUGUCGCAACCUCCCUUCCCCCUCCCCUGGGGAUUGCAGUACCAACACAGAGAGCCUGGAACAACCCGGCGGGAGACAGGCUACGAUGCGCACACGCACGCGCUGCACGUGCACGCACACACGCAGCCGCUGUACACGCACAGGGCGCACGCACACAUCGAACCGCAGCAGACGCAAUGCAAGGGAGAGAGUGAGGACACACGAGAGUACCGCGACUACAGAGACCAGUAUCAAUUACACAGAUGCAGUUCGUACAGCAAAAACAUAGAAGAAGAGAGCAAGAGUCGAGAGGAGACGGUGAGCAGCUCGGCCGACCCGUGGGGAGACCGACUCGUGAGCAGUUCGCUAUGUCAGGCCAGCAGCUCCAGGGCUGAGGCAUCUUCUCCUCACCAACACGUCAGCACAACGCAUUCCGGCGGCAGGCGUGGAGCCUUGCAGCUGUGGCAGUUCCUGGUGUCGCUGCUUGCUGAGGGCGCGCGGUGCGUGGCGUGGACCGGCCGCGGCUUGGAGUUCAAGCUACACGAGCCGGAGGAGGUAGCGCGUCGCUGGGGCGCUCAGAAGAACCGUCCAGCUAUGAACUACGACAAGCUGUCAAGGUCCCUCCGCUACUAUUACGAGAAGGGCAUUAUGCAGAAGGUUGCAGGAGAACGCUACGUUUAUAAAUUCGUCUGUGAUCCGGAAGCGUUGUUCAACAUGGCACGCACCCCCCCUCCCUCGUAUGACGUCAUCUCACAACUUUACUACCCCUCCUACAUCCCGAGCACUACCAGUAGUGAGUACCCCACCACUACAGACAGAAAGACACCCAACUCCCACAGCACAGAGAAACAAAACGUGGAAGCCACGAAUUAUGUUUUAGUACUGGUAUAG